AGCACCUUGACAUGCAACAAACGUCCUUUCAAUCACACUAGUUGGCCUAUAAAUACUGGUGCACGGGGAGAGCCUAUGCAUUGCUCAUUGCUCACCAUCUCAAAUCACAUAUUCCUCUUCCAUCUUCAACAAAACUUACAGCAAAACUAAGGAUGUCUUGCAGCUGUGGAUCAAGCUGCGGCUGUGGUUCAAACUGCAACUGCGGCAAGAUGUACCCUGAUUUGGAGGGGAAGAGCAGCGCCACCGUGGCCGUCUCAAGGAGGCCGCCGAGUGCGGUGUGGCUGGCCAUGCCUGCAGCCGCUGUGCCAGCUGCAAGUGCAACUGCUAAGAUGCAAGCGAUCGGUGCGCUUGUGGUAAUAUUGAGACCGACCGGCGCAAGCGAUCAACUGGUGCUCAAGCAUGCAUGAUUGUGGUGUGGUUUGCACGCACAUGUGUUCUUGUAAUGGUUCAUCUUAAGUGAAAAUAGAGAGUAGGGUCGGUACGACAACAAGAGCAACUCAGCACUAAAAUUGGCGCACCCCUGGUGAACUUCAACAUGAACUGGAAACUUGAUGAGCCAUGUGCAUUUGGUUGAAAUGUGAAUCUUAAAUCUUACAGUGCUAAAUAGAGGUGUGAUCUACUACUAUUAGUCAAAUGAUAAUCAACCAAUUGCUUGCCGUGGAUUUGAUCAUCUGGGCCACUGUUGUUAUCAUGUUUUGAACCUCAUCGGUCAGCAUAACGGGAGCUCACAGGAAUAUGCCAGUGUACCACAAUACAUGUUAGAUUCCAAUCAAGUAUAGAUCACUGAUGAACAAACCACACCAAAUAGACUGCUCAAUGAAGAACAAUGCAUGCAAAGACACAUUUUAUAGAUAAAGAAAUUCUCAUAAAGCUGCAAAUAUCAUUUCCAAUCCAGCAGCAUGACAAAACUUAGGUAACGACAUAGAUAUUCUUUGGUCAUACAGAACACUGGAUUAAGUUCAAAACAGUAGAUCCUAGCGA